AUGGGUCCGGAUCCGGAGGCCUCCUCUCCGCCACGACCCGAAGCUGCCCCCCAGAAGGAGGCCGCCAAACCUGCUGCAGCGACAGAGGCAGCGGCAGCAGCUCCGGACGUCGAGGCCGGGUCCUCACUAGCUGAGCCAGCAGCUGAAGGGGCUGCUGCCAUGGCGGAGGCUGCAGUGCCAGAGGCAGCAGGGGCGGCGGAGAUCACUGCUCUGGAGGCCGCGGAGGCGGCGGCACCGGAGGCAGCGACAUCGGAGGGAGCAGAGGCGGCGGUACUGGAGGAGGAGGAAACAGUGGUGGUGCUGGGAAGGUGCCUCCUCCCAAGCACGGAGGUCCGCCUGGGCGACCGCAUCAACUCCAUCUCCGCCCGCUACGCCGAGGAGCGUGCCAAGCUCGUGCUGGGGCGCGAGCUCCCGCGGGAGGAGAUGGAGCAGGCCCGCGACCGGGAGGCGGCUGCGCUCCAACGGGAGAAGGCGGCCACGUGGCGGGAAGCGGAAGCCCUUAAGCGGCAUAUCGCCAUGGAGGAGAAGAUGUUGGCGGCGGCAGACAGGGAGCGGACCGCCCGAGAGCUGGCGGCUCAGGCCAAGAAGGCGUCGGCAGUGGUCGAGGUGGAAAAGUCCGCCCUCACAGAUUUGGCGGUGGCGGCAGCUAAGAGAGAAGAAUGGCUGGCCGCCCGCGAAGCAGAGGAGCUACUGGACUCCACCGCCAGGCGGCUACAGGACGUGGAGGCCGGCAUACAGGACCUCCUGGAGACAGAGGGGCGAGCAGUUGCUCGGGGGAUGGCUGAGUACAUCCUCACCAGCUUUCAGAGCCAUGACCCCACCGUCUAG